AUCCCGCAACCAAAACAAAUACAUGCAACUGUUUUUAGUAGUAGAUAUCUUGAUGUUCUUUUGCUGCUGCAAAAUAUUGUCAGUAACAUAGUUGAGUGAACUUGUAACUGUGGCGUAACUGCAACUGUUAUAGUUCAGCUGUCAGAAGCCAAUGCCCCAGGAAAAUAUAAAACUGGAUAGAAAAAGCGGCCAUGGUGGUCAGUCAAACAAGGCACCUUUAUCACCAGGUCCAGUCUUGGAUAUAACUGACGAUGAGCUCGUUAGUAUAUCAGUCCGUGAUUUAAAUCGUCAGUUGAAGUUGCGUGGUCUUUCAAGGGAAGAAAUAGUGCGAAUGAAACAGCGCCGAAGAACCCUAAAAAACAGAGGAUAUGCAGCCAGCUGCCGCAUUAAACGUAUUGAACAAAAGGAUGAACUUGAAUCGGAGAAGACCCAAGAAUACAGAGAUAUGGAAGCAAUGCAAGAGGAGAAUCGUCGUAUGCGUGUUGAAGUAGAGCAGCUCCAUGUCAAAUACGAAGCUCUCAAGAAAUUUGCAGCAUUGAAGAAGAUUUCAAUUCCACCUGAAUUGGAAACUAUUUGAGCUUAACUUCAAAACAGUGCUACUUGCUCUUUUGUCCUUUUACAAAUUGUAUAAUGGAAGCGUUGCAUAUGUAAAAGACCAAAAACAAGAAUUGUAUCUGAGACUUCUAGUAGUUUUCAGAUAUAUCUUCUUAUCGUACACUGCUUCCUUGAUUGUGCAGGGGAGUUACAGAAAUGAUUAAUCAUCUAAAGGCACAGUGUCAGCACAGAACGCAUCUCAAUACCAAAGACAGGUAUUACCAAGGAGAAAUUGAUAGUACAGCACAGAGUUACUAAAUGUCAGUUACACUGGUAUUACUUUUAUAAAAUUGUAAUAAAAUAUUUCCAAAUGUACUGUGUACUUAUUUCUACAAAGUUGUAUAAAUUAUAAGUGACUAUGGUGUGUACUAUGUUUGCACUCUUUCUUGAGCUCUAAUAGAGAGGAAUGUGGGGAGCAGAGAAAGCAAGACCUACCUUCAUCAAGGUAUACCACUACUGUAACUGUGCUUCGCUCUUUGUACCAAACAUUUAUGAAACCUUCUAUGGCCUCUUUUCUGGUUAGCUGUAGUAGUGGCCUUACUAGAACUAAUUUUUCAUUCAUUUCACCACACAGAAACCUGCAUUGUAAGAUGGCAUUCACUACAGUGGCCUCGAAAUUUGUAGUGCAUCAGUAUUGUUUGAUCACCAAGGUUGGCAGAAAGCAGAAGCAAAGCACUAGUGGCGAAAAUUCUUCGGACGACUGCCAGUUCAAGAGUAGAAAGUAAGAAAGUGCUCAAGAAAAAGUUCAGAGUUAAUACUGCUCACACAUUGUGAAAUGUGAGAAUUGUUAUAAUAUAAUAUGGUUUGCAUGCUCAAAAAUUUCUUAAAUGUACUAAAGUAAGUGAAAAUAUUUUUGAGAAUGUGAACAUCAUGACGCAGGUGUUCAGUUGUCAGCAAAAUAUGUAGAACAGCAUACCUAAUGGUAAAUACUUGCAUUGGAAGUAUAACAUGCUUGAGAAACUAUUGUAAUUAAAAUAUUCGUAUUAACACGGGAAAUUAUGGGGUUCUAGUUUCUGAAAAUGUGACAGUAGAAUACUCUAUCAUAUAAUAUUUAACAAGUAAAUGUAAUGGGGAUGAACUGAAAUGUAGGUAAUUGUGUGAGAACUGCACUAUAUUGACAAUGAAUAAAUAUUUUCUUACUGUUGGUA